AGAACAGCAGAAGCACCAGUGGCAGGAAAUUUUUUCUCGUGGGCUCGUGAUUGGCAGUUAUCAAAUCAAGGUUGCUUCCUUUUAUGAGGUUUCUGCCCGUGACAGAGACAUGUCAAGACAUGUGUGACACUUGAAUAAUAGUGACUAUACCCCAAGUUUUCAACCCAAAAUUAAAUAUGACUUAAAAGCAUUAACUUUGGAAACUUUAUGAUGUCAUCGGUUGCUAGAAACUGCAAAAUCCACCAGGCUGUUAGCCUGCAAGGAGUUGACCCAGAAACAUGCAUGAUAGUGUUUAAAAAUCACUGGGCACAGGUUGUGAAAAUCCUAGAGAAACACGACCCUCUUAAAAACACCCAGGCAAAAUAUGGGUCGAUUCUUCCAGAUGAGGCCAGUGCUGUGCAGAACUAUGUAGAGCACAUGAUAUUCCUGCUGAUUGAGGAGCAGGCCAAGGAUGCAGCAAUGGGACCCAUCCUGGAAUUUGUAGUUACGGAAAACAUCAUGGAGAAGCUAUUCCUUUGGAGCUUAAGGCGGGAGUUCACCGAGGAGACGAAGAUCGAGCAGCUGAAGACGUACGAGAUGUUGGUCACCCAGUCUCACCAACCCCUGCUGCAUCACAAGCCCAUCCUCAAACCCCUGAUGAUGUUGCUGAGCUCUUGCUCGGGGGCCGCCACCCCAGCUGUGGAGGAGGAGCUCGUCGUCCUCCUCAACCAACUGUGCUCCAUUUUAGCCAAAGACCCAUCCAUCUUGGAACUCUUCUUCCACACCAGCGAGGACCAAGGUGCCACCAACUUCCUCAUUUUCUCCCUUCUGAUCCCCUUCAUCCACCGGGAGGGCACGGUGGGGCAGCAGGCCCGGGAUGCCCUGCUCUUCAUUAUGUCCCUCUCGGCAGAGAACAGCAUGGUGGCAAACCACAUAGUGGAGAACACCUACUUCUGCCCAGUGCUAGCCACUGGCCUGAGUGGCCUCUACUCCUCCCUGCCCACGAAGCUGGAAGAGAAAGGAGAUGAGUGGCACUGCCUUCUGAAGGAUGAUUGGCUUCUCCUCCCAGCUUUGGUCCAGUUCAUGAAUUCCCUGGAGUUCUGCAAUGCAGUUAUUCAGGUGGCACAUCCCCUGAUUCGAAACCAGCUUGUGAACUACAUUUACAAUGGGUUCUUGGUUCCAGUCCUGGCUCCUGCUCUCCAUAAGGUGACAGUGGAGGAGGUCAUGACCACGACUGCAUAUUUGGAUCUCUUUCUGCGCAGCGUCUCAGAGCCAGCUCUUCUUGAGAUCUUCCUUCGUUUCAUCCUCCUGCACCGGCAUGAAAAUGUCCACAUCCUGGAUACGCUCACGAGCCGAAUCAACACCCCGUUUCGGCUCUGCGUGGUGUCUCUGGCGCUGUUCAGAACUCUCAUUGGUUUACAUUGUGAAGAUGUGAUGCUGCAACUAGUCCUAAGGUACCUGAUUCCAUGCAAUCACAUGAUGAUGAGUCAAAAAUUAGCUGUGAAAGAACGAGAUUGCUACUCUGUCUCUGCUGCUAAACUACUUGCCUUGACCCCGGUCUGCUGCUCUAGUGGAAUCACUCUGACACUUGGGAACCAGGAGCGGGAUUAUAUCCUUUGGUCCAAAUUCAUGCACAAUAAAGCAGGGCCCAGUGAGCAGUCUUCCUGCCUGGAGGUUUCUCAGUCAGCCUGCAUUGUGGAGCGCGGGAAGGCAUUGGACGUGAGCUACCUUCAGUACCUCUGGGAAGCUCAUGCCAGCAUCAGCCACUGCAUGAGGGACUGCAGGGUUUGGUCUUCUCUCUAUGAUGGGGAAUCUCCAGAUCCGGAUGGCUUGCUCCGCAAUCUGGCCGAAGAGAACAGUAAGAACCUGGCCUACCCCAUGUUCAGGCUGAAACAGAAGCCCCCUAAUAGCCCCAGUUCCUCUCAGCAGGUGCGAGCGAGAGAAAAGAGUCCGAUGGAGCUAGAGUGGGAUGACAGCUAUGACACAGGGAUCUCCCCCGGGUCAGAGGCCAGCCCCUCUCAGUCGCAUGAGGACUUGGAGAACGUAAACCCCACACCCCCGUCUAAUCCCCCCAAACACAUCCAAGAGAUGAAGAAGAAUGCCAUCAUGCUCAUUAAAGGGUCGUACAUAGAAGAGUCGGACUUUCAGGAUGACGUUAUGGUGUAUAGGUUAUGUGCCGAGAAGGAUGCUCAGGAAACUAGUGACUUACAAAAGCAGGAGGAGGAACUUCUUGGGCCACCAGCAGACACCCAAACUGGGGUUCAAAAUGACCCCAUGAACCACGGGCCACUCCCUAGACCCGAGCCAGAGGCCUGCUCUGAGGAGGAACAGAAUGGGAAGAAUUCAGGCUUGGCUCAAGAUGAAAUCAAGGAAGAACAAAUCAUCCACAAUGUCCCUGAAGCAGCUUCCCCGCCGGCCCUGGAGUUUUCACUGUCUACCCUUGAGGAAGACCAGAAUUCCAGUAUAACAGCCCUCAACACAGACAGUGAAGAUUUCAUUGCACAGUGUGACAAAAUCAUUAGAGAAUUGGAUUCUGGUACUGAAGACGUGGAGGAAAAGAAAUUGCUCACAUCCAAUCCUGUGUCUAGCAUAAUGGUCGAGGAGGAUGAGGAAGAACAGGAAAAAGAACAGAGGGAAGAAGAGAAGGAAAAAGAGGCAAAAGAUAGAAAAAAAGAGGAAGAGGAGGAAGAAGAUAUCUUAAACAAUUUUACAGUGGAUUCUCCCUCUGUGGAAAGUCUCCCAUCUCUAUUUGGGCCAAAGGAUCAGACUAUCUUUGCCAGUUACCAAGGAAGGCCUCAAGUUGCCCCAUUUACAGGACCAUUUAUCAGUGUGGUGCUGUCAAAGCUGGAAAACAUGCUGGAGAACUCCUUGCAUGUUAAUUUGCUGCUCAUAGGAAUCAUUACUCAGCUGGCCAGCUACCCACAACCUCUUCUUCGGUCCUUUCUGCUCAACACCAACAUGGUCUUUCAGCCGAGUGUUCGAUCUUUAUAUCAGGUUCUCGCCUCAGUGAAAAAUAAAAUUGAACAGUUUGCUUCGAUAGAGAGAGAUUUUCCAGGACUCCUCCUCCAAGCCCAGCAGUACCUGCUUUUCCGGGUGGACAUGACCGAUGUGAGCGGCGAGUCAUUAGCCAAAGAGAUCGGUCAGGAUCCCCGGGGGACCGGACCGGGAAGGAAUCUCUCCGAGAGCUCGGCGAGCGGGCCGCAGCCCGCCACGGGCGGCCGAGCCAAGUCGCCAGCCGCGCUCCCCACCCUGCCGCUGCACGCCAGGAAUCCCGUGCUGGCCGCCGCCCUCUUCCCCGAGUUCCUCAAGGAGCUGGCGGCCCAUGCCCAGGAACAUUCCAUCCUCGGCUGCAAGGUCCUGGGAGACUUGGGGGAGUCCUCUUGUUAGCGUCAGUUUGCGGGAAGGCUUUUUCACCAUUUUCCGGUUUUAAUCGAUUUUCAAAUGCAAAGCUGCUUUUACACGUUUCUACUCUAUUUCCUGACGAUACUUGAUUUAGGGGGGAUGAUCCCGGGUUCCCCGUCGGCCGACCUCACGAUCAGACGAUCUGAUCGGCACCGUUUCGUUGACAUUCAUCUCCCCCGGACCUCUCUGCUCGGCUUCUCCCCGCAAACGUUCCGUCCGCGGCCCCCCUCCGCCUUCUCUCAUCCUCGUGGACGAGAAGGCGCCCCAUCUGCAUCGGAGGGAGGGGGAGGGGGCGGGGGCCGGACUCGCCGCGUCACCCGAGGUGCCCGGGGGUACCCGUCCGCUGUCCAAACGGGGGAAUGAGCUGAAACCGAUCGCUCCGAAACACACGUGAGUCGCUUGCGUUGCCUUCUGUAUAAAGGACCGAGUUAAAAAAGAGAAAGAAAAAUGUGUGAAACUGCUACCUCCCGCUCCGACCCAAGACACGAGUCAAGCGUUCUCUUGGCACCCAAACCCAAGACGUGCUGCAGAGCAGGUGCCCCUGCUUGACACAUUUUGCCUUAAGAUGGGGCGGGCUGGCCCGCCAUUUCAGCUGCCUAUUAGGGUGGGUAGAGGUUGGGGGGGCGGGGAGGGGUGAGGGAGACGGAUGUAUAGGACUGGGGAUGAAGAGAAUCUUCUUCACGGUUCUGAGCUUUCUUGAAAUCGGCCCAGGCCGGCAAGCCUUAUUUGGUAAGAUUGGCACAAAAUCAAAUGUUCCUGUGCAAGCUGUCGCCUGGGUUUCUAGAAGACGGAUUCUGUAUAUGCUUGCUGAUCAGCUAAACAAAGCUAGUCAGUGUUGGGAAUGUUAGAGGGGCGUUUAUUUGAGUGGUGUAUGAAAAAUCCGAUUUCCUGGGGAUGCUGCUUUCUAGUGGGAUUGUUUUUGCGAAGGGCCAAGUGCUUUAUGUAAAACACCGGCUCUUUAUUUUUAAGUUGUGACUUUGCUUUUUCUAAUAUAUUGCACUUUGUAGAAAAACAUGUACUGUACACCUUGCUGGGUGCUGAGGUGCAAAUACAAACUAAGUUACUGGAAGAUUACGCACAGCA